AGAUGUGUACUCUAACCUUACCCCAGUAAAAUAUAGAGACUGUUCCUCUUAGACCCUUGAUGGAGAUUAACAUUUACAACCCAAAACUUUAUUGAAAGUAAGAAGCAAAGGAAUCUCAAUGUGCAAUUUUUUGUCAUUACAUCCAAGUACCCUUGUAUUUUCAUGAUAGAAUAUCAUAUCAAGGAAUGAUAAGAAAAUGAAAGUAUAAAAGCAAAUGGUGGCGUGAAAAAGACUAGAGCAAUCAAAAUCAGGAAACUUUCAAGGAUAAGCAAAUUUUUUGCAAGAUAUUUCCCCCAACAUGAAAUAACAAGGAAAUUUUCCCCUACCGGAAUGCAAAAUUAGAGAUAGUCGUCUACAUUAGGAGGAGCAUAAAAUACAGAAUCUGAGUACCUGGAAUAGACGGGGAAGGUCGGAGAAUUGUUGAAGACGACGGAGUCGAAUGAAAAUCCACAACACUUCUAUCAGUCAUUUCAACCAAAGACAUUUUUAUAAUGGAAGGUUCAAAGCCAAAUGGCACCCUAAGACAUUUUUAAGCAUUUGCAACCAAUAUGUUGUUAUUAAAAUUUUGAAGGAUACCAACUUUUAUUCUGUCUGUAAAUCUGCAAUUGAUAUUGAUCUAAUUCAGUACUUUAUUUUUCUAUCAUUACUAGCCAUGAUUGAUAUUCUUCUUUACUGUAAAUAGUGAAGUCCACAUCGUUGGGGAUCUGGUUUUAGAGUAUGAUAGGGUCAUACUACUCAAAUGUUCUUGCAUCUUGAUUUUUUUUUGGGGAUUUUUAGUAAAGAUUGUUUCUUUAUUAUGAUUGGAUAAUAUUGGUUGACUUAUUUGAGUUUAUUCCAUAUUUGAAUGGAUACAACAAUAUAAAGGACUAAAUGUUCUUAACUUACAAAGGACGCCCACAGAAAUUUACCAUUCAACUUAAUGAUCAACUGGCGGAAGGUUAUACAGGGGACCUGGAAGUAUUCACUACUCUCAAGUAUGUAGAACCACUAGGAGUAUUUUGUUUGUAUGAUGGACUAACAUGAAACGCCAAAGACCACUUUUGGAAUUUACUCAAAACUAUAUAUAGCCAAGGAAUAAUUUUUAAUGCUCUAGCUAUGGUUUCCUUUUCAGCUUAUUUUAUUUUAGGUGAUUGAGUAUACUAUAUUAACUUGCUUUCUUCUGAUGUUGGCUUCUUGUGGAUCCACUGUAUGGACUUUUGCUGAUUGAAUUGCGUGAGGGGCUUGUUUUCAUGUUUUCCACGAGCAUCCUGCUACAAAUCCUGACAGGUUCAAGUGUUCAACUAAUUUGCCACUUUUGCACAUGGCUGCAAGAUUGCGCCUUUUCAGCAUCUGCAACAUUUUAUCAUCUUUGAUAGUGGAAACAGGGAAACCUAUGCAAAGAUUUAUAUGUGCCGCAUUUCGUUCAACUGUUACUGAAAACUUUGGAGACAAUCGCAGCAAGGGUUAUAGCAGCCUAGCAAACAGUUUAGCAUCUUUGGUUGAGGAAUCUUCAGUUCUUCAGAAUGAAAAAACAACUUUGUCAUUAUCACAGAACUUGGCCAGCUUAGUUGAGGAGACCUCUAUAGCUAUGGACACAAAACAGAUGUCUAGGAUGGAGCGGAAGAGGUUUCUCGAACGGAAAACCAAGAAGAAGGUGAAGGCACAAUAUGCAGAUGGUAAGUUUAAGGACCUAAUGGAAAAAGUGAUUAGUGAUCCCGAGACUCUUCGGGAUGCUUAUGAGUGUAUUAGACUGAACUCUAAUGUUGAUCCGGUGUUGAAUGGAGAUGACUUGCCUUUUGAAUCCAUGGCAGAAGAGUUAUCCCUUGGGCAUUUCAAGGUAAGUGCUAACACAUAUUCAAUUGCAAGUAGGGGUCCAAUGAAAGAAGUAAUUGUCCUUCCGAACGUUAAGCUUAAAGCUGUUCAAGAAGCUAUUAGAAUAGUAUUGGAAGUUGUUUACAGACCGAAAUUCUCCAAGAUCUCACACGGGUGUAGAAGUGGAAGAAGUCACCUUUCUGCCCUUAAAUACAUCUGUAAGGAUAUGAAGGACGCCAACUGGUGGUUUACAUUAUCUAUAAACAAAAAGCUUGACGGUUUCAUCCUUGCGAAACUUUUUUUGGUCAUGGAAUAUAUGAUUGGGGAUACUAUGCUAUAUGAUGUCAUCCGGAGCAUGUUUGACUGUCAAGUCCUGAAUUUAGAAUUUGGUGGUUUUCCUAAAGGACACGGUCUCCCACAAGAGGGGACAUUAUCACCUAUAUUGAUGAACAUAUAUCUUGACCUCUUGGACCGAGAAAUGUACAGAUUGUCAAUGAGAUACGAAGCUCUUCUUGACACGGGACUGAAGACCGAAGGAGAAGGGACCCGUUCUAAGCUGCGCGAUUGGUUUAAGAGGCAAAUGAAUCGCGGUGGCUCCACUGAGGGGUAUUCUGGUAACAGGGUGCAAAGUUGCCGUUUCAUGGAUGAGGUUUUCGUCGCGGUCUCCGGUAGCAAAGAAGUUGCUGUUUCUUUAAAGUCUGAACUUCGAGAUUUCAUGAAAAACUCUCUCCACUUGGAAGUUGACAAUGAUGAUGAUGAUGAUGAUAUUUUGCCAUGCGAUGGGCCUGCAGGGGUUCGGUUCCUGGGCUGCUUGGUCAAAAGAAGCCCAGUGGAGAUUCCCGCGGUAAAAGCAGUUCACAAAUUGAAGGAAAAAGUAAGGUUAUUUGCGGCUCAGAGACAAGAGGCGUGGGACAGAGGGACCCUUAGGAUUGGGAAGAAAUGUCUGGCCCACGGGCUUAAGAAGGUGAAAGAAUCCGAGAUCAAACAUUUAGCAGAUAACACCUCUACUUUAAGUGAAAUUUCCUGCCACCGUAAAUCUGGAAUGGAAACUGAUCACUGGUUCAAAGUCUUACUAAAAGUGUGGAUCCAAGAUGUGAAUGGUAAAAAUGCAGAGAGCCAGGAAUUCAUCUUAUCCAAACACAUGGUCGAACCGUCCCUCCCAAAAGAACUAAGAGAUUCCUUUUAUGAAUUCCAAAACCAAGUCGACAAAUAUGUUUCUUCAGAAACAUCUGCAACUCUAGCCCUUCUUCCUAACCCAACUUCUUCGUUCAAAACCCAGAUUAUUGCCCCCAUUAAUGCCAUCAAGAAGUGUUUAUACAGGUACGGGUUGACAAACUUUGAUGGGUUUCCCCAUACAUGUCAUGUCCUCAUUUUUCUGGACCGCGACCACAUCAUCGACUGGUUUUCUGGCAUAGCCACGCGGCUCCUCAGGUGGUACAGGGAGUUUGACAACUUCAAUGAAGUGAAGUUGGUCAUCUGUCACCAACUGAGGAUGUCUUGCGUUAGAACACUGGCAGCAAAGUACAGAAUCCAUGAGAAAGUGAUUGAGAAGAUGUUUGAUUCAGAGCUGAGCAGAAUCCCUUCAAGUGCUGACAUUGAAGACGACGAGUUUGAGCGGGCCCCGGCGUCUCAGAAGGACGAUGACGACGAGUCGUUGACCUACGGGAUUGCGUACAGUGGCGGGUGCCUGCUGUCUUUGGUUCGGGCGGUCAGUGGGUCCCGCCCCUGCAACUGUUUUGUGGUGGGGUGUGGGGCCGCGGCCCCACGCGUGUAUUCUCUUCAUGUGAUGGAGAGGCAGAAGUUUCCAGGCUGGAAAACUGGGUUUUCCAGCUCCAUACACCCUGGUUUACACAGGAGGAGGUUUGGGCUGUGUAAUGAUCAUUUGAAAGAUCUGUUUCUGGGUCAUAUUUCUCUUCAAUCUAUUGAUUUUGGUUCUUGGAAGUGAGAUGAUAAUUCAAGAAGUUUUGCUUUGUUGAGAAAAUGGUGAACUCUGUACACUACCACAUUCCAUCUUGAAACCAUUCUAAAAUCUUAGGGUCCGUUUGGCACAUAGAAUUGACGGAAUUUGAAUUGAAUCGAGAGUAGAAAGUCUAUGGAUUUGAUUUGGAUGAAAUUGAGUUCUCCGAUUCCAGUUUAUUUUUGGCACUACCAAUUCGCAAUCCACAUAUUUUUGUCCUACCCAAGAGUAAAAUUGAAUUGGUUGUCCCCAAUUCUAAUUUCAUGAUUUGAAUUCCGUGUAUCAAACAGAGCUUUAAAGUAUUUGUAUUGAAUCUGUUUAUGUUUUUCUUCUUUCACUUGGUUCGGAUAAGAGGGCAACUUUGUACAUUC